UCCAGUUGCGAAGCCGCUGUACGGCCACGUGCAAGGAGCCGCGCGCUCUCGAGUAUCUUCGAAGCGAAUACUCUUACUUCUCUGGAGGAAUGGCAAUGUGAAAAGUAACGAUCCAUCACGCCCGAAACACCUCGAACACGUCGCCGUAUUUCCACCAGAACCCUGCGGCCCACAGUGCAUGAUUGGAUAUGAGGUCCUACAUGAUUCUCCUGCCCAUCAUAAUCAUGCUGGCUUCUAGCCAUGGGCUGCAGUUGAACUCAUCAUCUCCGACACAUUCCACUCUACUGCACUACGCGUUCAAGAGCAAUGAAGUAUGUGACUACGAAACAUUCCAAUCCCAGUCCGGCCUGUGCGAGUCGACAUUCAAACUGAAUAUGCCGCACAACCACGGGGAUCAAAGUUUCAUUUGUUCGAUAAUUUCCAAGUACAAGCUGUGCAUGUCACUGGUGAUACGAAUGACAAGGUGCCCCAACAGAGAAUACGUUAGACGCGCCCUUGAACCAGUACAAGAUUACAUGAAGGUCAACAACAUAAACUGCGUCAAGCAUGCAAACGUGUCGUUACAUAAGGAACCCCCAGUAGGCAGCCGCGCGAAGUUGGACCUGUGCACCAGGGACAAGGCUUGGGACACACAGUUCCAGUGUGCCAAGAAGUUCCAGAUGAAGAUUAAGAAAGUUGAAGAAGAGAAAGAAGUAGAAUCUCACCAGAUCUGCAGAACUCUGAGCAGGUACUACAGCUGUUUAAACCCAGUGCUUCAUAGCGAGGCAUGCGAAGAAGACACGGAACUGAUGUCUCACAUGGAAUACUUCCCAAAAGUGCUUUCACAAAGAUACCGAGACAUGUGCAUCGCAGAGCUCAAGCUGACAGCUCUCAACGUCGCCAAGAGACUCGAGGGAUUCCAAGCUGACCAAGUAUGUAUGGAGGAAAUGGCAACCAAGGAGUUCUUCGCCUGUGGUCUCUUGUUUAAUGAAAUCGUCAGUCAAAAUGCCCAAAGAGACAAAAUUUGCAUGGCAUACUUCAACUUCCAGGCGUGCACCAAGAACAUCGAAAACACGCUGAGCUGCGGAGUGUCCAGUGACUUCAACGCGCACGCAUACCACGUUGUUAAUGUCCUCUUGCACAGUUAUGAGAGCUAUUGCCAGGGUUUCAUCACUCCCAGCCCCUUCCAACCAACGGGGGGCCCCCCGAUUAAUCCGCCCCAGCCAAGCGGCGGCUGCCAGGAGGACAAGUAUCUGGAGAAGUACAUGGAGUGCGGUAUAUCGUACGUCUACAACAUUCGAGAUGCUGUUUACGGUCCAAAUCCACAGUUUGCGACGCAGGCCUGCGAAGUAAUCCGCAAUUACGACGUGUGUCUGGCCAAUGCAGAAACGGAGUCUGGUUGCCAGAUGAAUCUCUUGGCUAUAGCUAAUCAACUUGUGUUCGUACGGGACCAAUUGAAACGGGCUCCUAAUGCCAACUGCGGUCCGAUCAAGCGAUCUGGCAUACUGAAUUUCCGCUUCGCCCAACCUUUCUGCGAUGUUCGGGAAUAUCUUGGAAAAUUCUUCUCAUGUGGCACAGUAUUUAUCAGAAUGAGCGGCAGUACAAACGAACAGGACGAGAAAUGCAGAUACUAUGCGGACUUCAAGCACUGCAAGGACUUGACCACCCGGUGCGGACCGAGCGACCAAAGCAUGAUAUCUGCAGUGGACUUCUUCACGGCAUCCUUGAUGGAAGGAUUCGACGUUUGCGUAAACUACACGAGGAGCAUGACAUGCGAAAGAAUACUACUAAUUCAUAACUUCCUGAGCUGCGGCUACAAGUACUACCAAACGAAGAACGAAUUCAGUGACUUGUACAAGAACAAUGUACCGCGGAUCUGCAGAUUAGUAAACGAUUUCAAGAACUGCUCCGAGCACACAGUUUUCGGCAACGACUGCCAACAGCUACAAGCUCAAGGCUUCAUGGGAAAUUUGCUAAAUAUUCGAGACCAUGUCAUUACUCUUUUCACCACGAUCCAGUGUCCGCCCGAUCGACUGAGAAGAGCGUACUUUGGGCUUGAGCGGCAGACAUAUUGUAACCAAUUCAAGGCCGUCAAGAAAGUGAUCCUUUGUGGGGUGACAUUCCACAAAAUGUUACAUACUAUCGAUAAAAAUGGAUCACUUGUGGAAAAUAACACAAGCAUAUGCCCAUUGGUGAAAGAGAUGAAGUAUUGCCUCUACUCUGCCACGCACGACUCAGGUUGCUCGGAUGCGAUGCUGCUUAACACGGAGAUAUCUGUACUCAAGAAGCAUCUGUUUAAAGAUUACGAAGACGUCUGCAAUGGAAUCCCCAGCGCGGAUGACGGAGAGUUCAGGCAGUACAGGCAAGCUUGCGAAUUGAAAGAGUUCACGCAGCAGUGGGACGUCUGUGAUGGGAACAUGGAAGAGGGUAUCAUAGCAGGAGGCUUCAAGAAUAAUACAAGACUAGCGAAAGUCACACAUAUUACGAACCGGGCGCGGAAGCGACUUUGUGCAGACCUUAUCCAUUACCGCAAGUGUCUCAACGACUCGGCGGACCGUCAUCACUGCUCACCGCUCGUUCCCGAAAUUAAGGACAUGGGCAACACACUCUUCGACAGACUCGGUGUCCUCUACUGUUCGAGGGGUUACAGUUCUUACGCGGAACACAGCGUGAAAACACUCGUACUUCUCAUUUCGACGAUCCUGUUGAUGUUGUCCAGUUUGUCGUUUGGUACCUAAAGUCGGAACUGAUGCACUGCUUGAGUCAUUGAGACGUCUAUGGAGCGUCCUAUAAAGACUUCGAAAGGCAAUAAACCAAGCCACCACGGAUGACUUGAAGAACGUGUAACGUUGGCGGGGUGGGAUCUGUUUUUAACUGUACAGUAAUGCCAAAACGCGAAAUUAAAUUUGUUGAAUGUGUA